UGGGUGCAUAAGAUGAGUGUAAGAUUCACCGUGCGUGAUUCUGCGCGAGAGUAUGGGGGGAGAUUGGUGUAAUGGGUGGGGUCUAAACGAUGAAUCCCUUCUCUUCUCAUAUCUGAUUCGAUCUGAUUCGAGUCAGUUUCGCGUAGUCCACCAGUAUUCUUUGUGUUCAACGCGUAAUACGCGUUCGUCGAUGUCCAUGUAAUGGCAGCGUAAACUGAGCGCGAGACAAAGAUAGUUACAGAUCGCAGAUGUCUCGAAACUAGACACACUCCUCUCUAAACGUUAAACGUAACCGAGUCUCUAUUCUGAAUCGUUGAGAAUCAUAGAAACUUACUGUCGUACGAAAAAGUCGAAGUCGAGACACCGCUUUUACAGUUCAACUGUCAAGAUAACGAGCGUAUUGCGAAAGACUGCAGAAGAGGUGUGGAGAUCCUAUCAGCGUUAUCAAUACUGCGCUGGAUGUACUGACCUAAGUUUAGUACCGCGUUUUUUAUGCUGUGAAACGUGAACGGACUUUGUGACUGACAUUCUCGAUUCACACAGGGGAAAAUUUUUGGCAGAUGUACAGAAAAUUCGCCCUUCGCCUAAUACUUAUCUGAAUCAUUCAGCCGACCGUCUGCAUGGAGGUUAGCAGACAAUAUUCUAUUUAUAUACUACAUACACGCAAUGCUAUAUAAUUGUUUAUAAUGGAAACCUUGCUUCAAGGUGUUCACAGUAUAAACAUAUCGGUAUCGAAAAUGGAAGAUUUGUCUUUUCGAUAAAAUGUAAUCUGUUUAUUGGUUAUAGCAAAGUGUUUGCAUUCGCAUCUUUACACAUUUUCUGCAUUUAUACAUAUUGUGUAUAUAUACAUAUCCAUAUAUAUCCGUAAUAUAAUAUAUUUAAUGAGAUAAAUUAUUUAUUCACGAUGGAGAAGAAAAGUAUCAGUGGAAAGGACAUUCUAAGAAUGGAUGGCCUAUUACCACCAACCCGACGCUUACCAGUCUGUAAUGCAGUUACUUCAACAGACAAAAAGAAAGAAAAAAAGUGGUCGAUUGGUGGAAUCUUGAAACGAAUAUCUUCGAUAAGGGAUUAUGAUAGUUCUUCAAACGAUGAAGAAAUUGUAUAUUGUACAAGGCAGCCAAGACCUCGAACAGUAUUUAAUAGGAAAUCACAUAACGUUGUUCUUCAUCCAGUUGAAAAGAGUUCGAAUCAAUAUUUAAAUAUCGAUGAUUCAAAUGACACUGCUUCAAAAUCAAUGGAUACAGCAAGUAUGCAAAGAGAUUCUUUAAACUCCCGUAGCAGUGAUGGUUCAUUAGAUGGGUUAAGUAAGAAAGCAAGAAAAAAUAAAUUGAAAGCACAAGUGGAAGCAAAACGGGAUCGCAUUUGUGCAGACAGUAGUUCAGACGAGGAUUCACGUAAAUCUUGUAAUUCAUUGACAAGGUACCAAAAUGAAAUUGCUGGGCAUAGCACACAAAAAAAUGGUUUCUGCAGUAGAAGAAGUCGAGCGGCACGAACGGAACGUUAUAUAAAACGUUUAUCCAAGGAUGAAGGUCACAAGUUCCCAGAAAACCUAAAUAAUAUAGCAAAUAAGCAUAACAGUCAUGAUUUCAUGAAUGAAGAACAAUCAUCUGUAGCUGUGGAUACAAAUGAAUUAUUUCAGCUUCCACAACAACCAUCACGUUUUAUCAAUUAUUCUAAUAGCAAUACCUUCCCUGUACAAAGAUCUAUCGAAAACUUGCGACAAUCUGGAAUGGUUGCAUCCAAUUUGCAAGCAAGGUCGUCUACUGAUGUUACAAAAUAUCCGACAGACCAAUAUAUAACAGAUUUAAAUCAGAAUAAUACUUAUGCAAAGCCAAAUGUUUUGCACAAAAAUAAGAACCACGUAAAUCUUGAGAAAAAUUAUAUUUUCAAUUCGCCUACAGCUAAUACAAUUUAUGCUGAUCCAUACGAUUACACGACAAAUCGUCAGGUUGCAAGUCGAAGUUCCUCUCCGCCCGAGCCUCCACCAAGAAACCCACGUUGUCGAGUUUUCACCUAUAGUUGUAAUUCGUUUCCAUUUAAUGGGAAGUAUCGUGUGACGAAAUACGACGAUACUCUACAUACUAAAAUGAAUGAUAUUCACGAAGUUACCAAGGAUCAUUUAAAAAGUUUGAGGUCUUACGAAUCGAAUAACGAAAUCAAUCGGUGUGACUUGAUAAAACAAUGUCCACGGCGUCCAUUGUCUCUGACUGUAAGCUCGACGCAGACUUGUAAUUUAUCAGAAUGUACGAACAAUAGACACAAUUCAACCGGUAGACACAUAGAUGAACCAUUGUUUAAAGAAACGGAAGCAAUGAAAUGUCAGAGGAGGAACGAUCGCAAUGAUCAACUUACUUCAAGCUUUAAAGAUUAUGACACCAAAAUACGUGAAAACAAAUUGUCCACUACUUAUAUAAAAAAUAUGCGCAAUAAUUCUACAUCACCUACUUUUAAGUCUUUAAAUUGUUCCUGCCCAAGAUCACCAAGUAAACAGAUUGUAAGAGAAAAUUCUUAUAAUUUACCAAAUAUUACAUUCGUAGAUAAUAUGAAAACCGAAGAAAAGGAAGAAAAACAAAUAACUAGUGAACAAGACGCGUUAGAAAGGAAAAGAAGUUCCAAGAAUCUUGAAGAAGCACUUUCUGAGCUAGAAGCAAUAUAUAACAGCCUUCGUCUUGGAGACGAAGAUCUCCUUGACCGGGCAGAACGACGGAGUAUGGAAGAAUUUAGCCUACGUCAAGCAAAAACCAAUACUGUUGUUCCAUUUAUUUCAGAAGAUUCAAUAGAUAGAAUGAAAGACGAUAUGGCUUACAGAAGAAUGCACCCAAAGGAGAGACCUACAUCGUUGUCGGAAGUGGUCGGCCAAUCUGCACUGUCUAAUAUCAGCUACCUAAUAGCCUCGCCUGUUUUGUCACGCAAAGAUACAACUGAUGAUUAUCUGUAUGGCGCGAAUUACCUAACACGUCGAGACGAACCGGAUGUAACGCGAGAUGAUGUCGUUUAUCGGAGCAUUCAUCACGCUAAUAACACGUUAAAGGUGAUUGAUCCUCAACCUCCGUUUGGAAUACCUCUAGGACCGGUGACGGCCGCUACAGAAAGCGAUUAUUUACACACUACACCGAUUAAGCCAGACCAUCCACGUUCGUCAUACAUUCCGCAAUGCGAGCCUGACAUUGUUACGGAUGACUUGGCUUAUCGAGCUCUCAGGAAGGAUGCCAAUACGCCGAGGAGCAGCGUUGAAAGUAAAACCAGCAUCACUACAGAUCAGGAAACCACUUUUGGUUCGAAGAAGAAACGAGCGGUUAGAUCUUUAUCCGCCAAUCUGUACGGUUUAAUUAAUCACGAUAGGAUUCAUCUUAGAAGAGAACCUAGUCUUCAAGAUAUUAAGGACGAGAUAAAUAACACAAUAAUAGAUAUCAAAUCGUUACCCGUACGAUCCGAUAGGCGUGUCGUGAGCGAUGGUGAACUCUCCGAUUACGAUCGAUGGCGUACUGAUGGUUUAUUGAGGAACUCUAAAACUGAUAUAAAUGGCAAUCGUCCAAUUACGAAUGCGCAUAGAAAGAAAUUGCGUGUUUACGUUUCACCGUCGACUCGAUUACAGGAUGGUAAUAAAAAUGAAGAUGAUGCGGGAGCACAGAAUUCCGUGACAUCUAAUAACAUGCUAUCAAAGGCCUUGAAUAAUGAAUUCUGGCAGAAUUGCGAGCAGAGCAAAUCAAAUGAAUCGUCCAAUCAUGAUGCGGAAACCGAUUUCACGGCAUACAGUCGUCUAUGUCAAGAUUUAGUCAAUUUGAUUGAAGGGCAAGACGAUAUGGAAGUGAAACUGACUGAGGAAACGAAUGUUCCUUCAGAGCUUCCUGUAAUAGCAAAUGUCAAUGAUAGUAAUAAGACGGAGGAAUCUUCCAUAUUGCAUAUACAGUCUUUAGGUAGUCAUUAUUCAGAAAAUAAUACGGAGAAUCAUAAAGAAGAUACGGAUAAAGAAAACAUAGAGAAACUGACGGAAACCCUCGCUAAUCCUGAGAACGAAUGUUCUGAGAAGACUGACGAUAAUACAUUCGACUUCUAUCUUCGUGUCGCGGACGAAAAUGUUAAACUAAUUGCGGAGGCGUUCAGCAGCGUAGCAGAUCACUUACGUGAUAGUCGUUCAAGCCAAAAAAAUUCGCUGACGUCGCACCGUUCUGAAAUAGAAACCGAUAGUACGACGCCCAAUACUAGUACUCGUAGCUCCGUUACUUGUAGUCUAGACGACACAAACGAUGAUCUGUCUAGUUCAUCAAGGACCACUGAUGCGUUAAAUGUAGUUCCUAAAGAAGAUACAACAAUAACCUUAAGUGAUGACCAGAACUUUGUGAAACUGGAAGAAACGAGAAAUGAUUUGCAUACUAAUCCAGAACUCGAUCUUUCCAAAGCUGUUUAUGAUUUACAAUUAGCAGCGGCAAGUUUAUGCGAGCACGAGAAGGAAAUAGAAAAACUAGAAGCUUUGCUGAAAAAAGAUGCAACAAAUAACAUUUCUUGUAGUAGUAACAUCGAGACUAAGGAGGAUAUUCCCUUGUUAAAUAUUGAGAAUAAUUUAAUGGCGCUGAACGACAAAAAUGAAACAGAGUGCGAUAUGGAAGAAACGAUAACAUCGACCGAUGAUAAACCACGUACUGUUGAUCGUGACCCAAAUUGCGAAGGUGAGAGUACAAAAUGCAAGAAUACUUGUGAACAUGUUAUCCCUCGUUCGACUGAAAUGCGUAUUUCAUAUGUUACUAACCUCAUAACCAUACUGAUAACUACGUAUUCUAUGGUUUUGCUGGCUUGUUUUCUUGCACUGCUUUUAGCGACCGUAGCGGCAUCAUGACUGGACCCUUAACGACAAAUGUCUUAAUGCAUUUUAUAAUUAGAAGGUCUCCCGGCAAAUGAUCAUUUAUGAUGUGAACCAUUCUAUACGAGUGCAUAACUAACUGAUAUACAACGUCGUUGAGCGACAUGCGGCAGGACGAUUGAGUUUUGUGUAAGAUCGAGUUUCUGUGAACUGUUUCUGAAGGAAUGAUUUGUUCUUGUUGUUCUUGUUAAUGUUGUUGGUUUUAAUAAAGUUUAAACGUUAA